AUGUCGCUCCAAGUGAACGACCCACGGUCGCGCACCCGAUCCAAAUCCCCCGGUCGCGAGCGCUCACGGUCGCGCGACAGCCGAGCUCCCUCCGCUUCGCCAUCCCACCGUUCCCGCUCCCCUGCCGUUGAGGCAACAAAACGCUACAGCCCAGACGAACAAGCCGAAAUCGAGCGCCAAUAUAAGUUGCUCAGCGAGCGGCGCCAGCGCGAAUCUUCCGGCUCUGAUGAGCCACGCAGCGUUGUCUCACGCGCCCCAAGAAGCUCCACCCGCUACGACGUGGAUCGCACUGGCUCAGACGAAGAUUCGAAGCGUCGGGGUGAUCGUGAUGCAGAUAGCUCGAGACGUCGUCGUGAUGACCGCUAUGAACACUCGGGUGACGAGCGGGGUUCUGCGUCGCAGUAUACUUCUUCGCGGUCGCAUCGCCGCCGGCCCUCAUCGCCAGACCGCGGCAGUCGCGUGAAUCGUGACUCUGAUGACUCUGUUGACGAUCUAGCUUACGGCGAGGCACCGGGAAGCCAUCCCAGCUAUGCGCGCCCGAACCGAUAUAGCUAUGCGCAACCGACGCAGUUCAUGCCGAGCGCUCCCAGGCCGCCUACUCAACCGGGAUACCCUGGCGCGGUAACUGACUGGGCUGCUAUACCCGAGUGUGAACGGCCUGGAUUCGUGCCUCCUUCUUCGCAGCCCGCGAACCCGUCCAGUAUGCCCGGCGCGUUCCCUUCGGUUUCAACCUACGGGAAUGGCUCUGGAGCCGUGCCGGCACCUAUGAUUUCCCCGAUGCAAUAUGCCGGUCAGCAGCAGCCUUUGGCUCCGUAUGCGGCGACUAGUGCUGGCUACAUGCCCUCGCAUUAUCGCACGGCCUCUGCAAGUAAUCCUGGUUACCCGGUGGCAGCUGGGUAUGCGAAUCCCGGCAUAUACCAGUACGCGCAGAUCGAUCCUAGUGUGAUGUACUCUUCCAAGAUUGCUCCUGCCCCUGCUCCUGCCCCUGCUCCCGCCCCCGCUGCUAAGCCGGCGCCGUACACUCCUCCUGUGCAUGACCAGUAUACUAGGCCGCCACCGCAGCAAGUGCAAACUCAGUAUCACUCGCAGGCACAGUCCCAGCAGCAGAAGCCGCCUGAGCAGCCGCCUCGAAACGAGCCUCAGUUUGUGGAAAUCACACCUGGUGGAGGUCGUUCAGGCACUCGUCCUCACAGUCUCUCUACGUCGAGUACUCUCGCAGUCGGGGGAGCUAGUGCAGGUCACUCGGCUCAUCCUCCGGCGAGUCCGCUGCUAGAACCAUAUCACGGCACUUAUCAGUCCAUCUCGCCCAUGCCAUCUCCGAUCGUCAUCCCCUCCAUUCGCGACGAAGACAUCUCGGAUGUCGAGCCGCUUGAUGGUGGAAAUUCGGCUUCAGACUCAGGCCCCCGCAGCAGGCACCGCUCCCACUCGUCUGUUAACGAGAAAGACGCCCGCUACCGCAUCAAAGACAAGAGAGAGAAAGAUCGUGACGACCGCAAGGAAGAUAAACGUCUCAGCCGCCCAAUAUCUGGCCACGGGCGCCACGACUCAACCUCCUCUCACAACGGCCCGGACGGAAAAGUCAUAAUCUCCCCAACAACCGGUCGCAAACGAGUCUCUUUCUACGACGCCGGCGCCGACGCCGAGGCCCUGCAAGCUGCACUCAACCACACGCGCAAUAUAGACAGCAAACCCAUCAUCAAAAUCCUGCCACACCUAACAAGCGACGAGAUCCUUCUUCUCCGCCAGGAGUACAAGGACCGCGUCCGCCUCCAAGGAAAGGGCAUAAACAUCGCCAAACACCUCCGCCUGAAACUCGGCAGUUCCUCCUUCGGCAAAGUCUGCUAUGCAACAGCUCUAGGCCGCUGGGAGUCUGAAGCCUACUGGGCCAACUGCUACUACCAAGCCGGCACCUCGCGCCGCGAACUCCUCAUCGAGUCACUCAUGGGCCGAUCUAACGCUGCCAUCCGCGAAAUCAAAAACUCCUUCCGCGACUCUCGCUACGAAAACAGUCUGGAGCGCUGUAUGCGCGCCGAGCUGCGCGCCGAUAAAUUCCGCGUCGCCAUCCUACUCGCCCUCGAGGGCCAGCGCCAGGACGACCGCGAGCCGCUGGAUAGACGUCUCGUACUCGAGGAUGUGCAAGACUUGCAUCGUGUGAUUGUCCGCGAGGGCGGCGAGACCUCCAUGAUCCACAUCAUCGUACUACGCAGCGAUAAUCAUCUACGCGAAGUGCUGCGCACUUAUGAGGAUAAGUAUGGACACAAUUUCGCCAAGGCUAUGAUUGCCAAAUCGCGGAAUCUGGUGGGUGAAACGCUCGCUCAUAUCCUUAAUGGCGCUAUCAACCGUCCCAUGCGCGAUGCCCUCCUCCUCCACCAGGCCCUGCGCGAAUCCCGUAGUGGUCGUGAGCGCUCUGAAUUGCUUAUCUCCCGUCUUGUGCGUCUGCAUUGGGAGCCUAGACACCUUGAUCUGGUGAAGACGGAGUAUCGGCGGAGAUACCAUGAGCGGCUGGAGGAGGCUAUUGCGGAGGAGAUUCUGUCGUUGAAUGGAGGCCAGGAAUGGGGAGAGUUCUGUAUUGAAUUGGCUCGUAACGUUUGA